AUGACGUCAUCGGCUGACGUCAUCGAGUACUCUCGGUACACUUUGGGCGACUUUACCGUUUCUCAACAAGUCACAACGGGAAACUUCAUAAUUUACGUCUUCGAAUUGGCCAUUCUUCUCGUUUCUCUACUCACAAAUGCUGCGUUCUUUGGGAUUCUCUUGACUACGAGGGUUCUUCAUUUGGUGAGAGAACAAAAAUGAGAGAACAAUUUUUAAAAAGGAAAAAAAAAACUAUUUCCGUUCAUUUUCUUCAUAAGUUAGCCAUGGAGCACACAAGCUCUGAAGUCUCAACGUAUUGCACUUUUUUUCCGAGGCGUUUUUUUCGACUAUUUUUUUGGAGUUUUUUUCAAUUUUUUUAUUGAAAUUUUUCUUAAGAGGUGAAAAAGGGCUGAAUCAAAGUUUAAUCACAUAAUUUCUUACUGGAUUCUUACCUAGAUUCUUUUUUCUAUCAAUGAAAAGACAUUUUUUUAAAAAAAGUAAUCGAACAUAAUUUUUCCCACAUAAAAAUUCGCUAUGGAGCGCACAAGUUGAGGUUUUUUUGAGCUCAUUUUUUCAUCAAAAAAUUAGAAAGGCCUCUGAAAUUUUUAAACUGAAAAGAAUUUUAGUUAGGGUUUUGACAGGCUCCGCCCCUUUUUAGAAUUACUGUAGUAGAUAUACAAAAAACACCAAAAAUCAUCUCCGUGAUUCAAAUCGAAUAAAGUGUAUUUUGGAUGAAAGAUAAGGCAAAAUGGAAACUUUUUUUUUCAAAAAAAAAAUUUAAUAUUUUUUAGAACCUUCGAAUUCUUCUACUCAACACCUGUAUCGCCUAUAUUUUCUACAUCUUUUCCCGUUUCAUGAUCGUAAUUCCUUUAUGCGUCGCCCAUCUGUUCGAUACGGAUAUUUCCAGUGAGUUUCUUGAAAUAUUCUAAACCUCUUCUUUUUACACACUCUUUGCCGAUCUUUAAGGAGGGAGAGAUGAAUGAACUAUGGUUCAAAAACAAUGAGUUUGUCACCAUUUGCUGACGUUUCCCGUCGUUCCAAAAUAGGAAAGCCUAGAAGCAAAACACAGUAAUUAGUAGUCUAGGAAACCCUGAAUCGACUAUGAUUUAUGGUUACAAACGAGACGUAUACGUAGUUUAAUGAUACUGGGAAAGUUUUUAGUGGCCAUUAUAGGGUUUCGAAGUUUCAGUGGCCACUAUAGAGGUCUAAGUGCUACUACUAGACAACUAAAAGUUUUAGUGGCCACUUUAGGGGUCAAUGGAUCAAAUAACUGGUCCAAUCUGUUUCGAAAUUAUCAGAGUUACUGGAAGGAAUACUGGAAUGAAAAACUACUGAAGUGGCCACUAAAUAGAGAACCUCUAUAGUGGUCACUAAAAUGUUACCAUUCACGACAGCGUAAUGCUUGAAGUGAGCCUUAAAAAGUUAAUCAAAACGUUCUGAAACGGAGAAAUGAGCUCGUAUAGGAAAAUUGAUGUUCUUCUUUGAAAUUGUAGAGUUUUGAAGUCAAAUGCAGAAAAGGGGUAGAAAAAUGAAGAGUUUCCAAAAUGCAACAAAUAAAUCUCUACUUCAUCCGCCUUGGAAAAGCCUGACCUGUCUGCGCUCUCUCCUCCCUCCUGAAACCGUAAAAAUAGAAGACGAAGGAUGUGGAAACUGUGUGAAUGAAGUCAUUUACUUUUUUUUCUUUCUGUGAAAGUUGAGAAAAAGGGAAACAUUUCGAUUUUUUAUUCAAUUUUUCAAAUUUUUCCGGAAAAGCUAUUAAAAAAAAUGUGCAAAAAGGAAUAUGUUCUGCUUAGGAACUCCAGAGUGGCCCCUGCAGGGGCCCUUGAAGCUUAACCUCCCCCUAUAGGGGCCGGUAAAUCUUGCAAAAGGACCACUGUAGGGGCCACUCCAAGGAACAUCCUAGUCGAUUAUGUUUAUAAACUCUAUCAUAGAGUAGAGCCUCUAUGAAGAAACACUUUCCUGCAAAAAAAUAAGAAAAAUUAAAACACCCCUCUAGGGACCACUUAAGCUUUAGGGGCUUAGGGUUCAGAACUUGAACCCCUAAAAGGACCACUUAAAUGUUACCUUUAUAGGUAGAACUAUGUUUACUCCUGUACUGGGAAAAUUUUUAGUAGCCACUAUAGAGGCGCGCCAAGGACCACUUGGAGAGGACACUAAAGUGGCCACUAAACCCACCACUAUUUUCCGUUUUAGUGGCCACUAUAGUGCUUCUAUGUUUAGUAUCCACUUCAGUAGUUUUUCAUCUAGUAUUUCUUCCAGUGACUCUGAUAAUCUUAAAAAAACAGAUUGGACCAGUUAUGCUGAUCCAUUGACCCCUAAAGUGGCCACUAAUUUGACUACUCUAGUGGUCACUAAAACGUCAAAACCCUAUAGUGGCCACUAAACAUAUUCCCAGUAAGGUCUGCUUAACCUCUAUAGGGGCCACUCUGACGUCCCUAGGCGCGUCAUUGUCCCUGGGCUCCCAGAGAUCGUUUCAAAAAAGCUGUAAUUUUUUUUUAAAGAAGACACUUUCCAGGCAUUUCCUUCUGCUACGUCGGAAAGACGAUUCACGACACGGUGAUGGUCGUGGCGGCCUCGUCGUUCUUGACAAUGAUGAUCGAAAGAGUUUUCGCCACGGCCAAAGUCGCCACCUAUGAGAUUUACAAGAGCUGUAAGAUCAGCGUCCUUCUAUUAGGAUUUCAGGUUGAACUUUCUUUUUUCUCUUGUAAGACUCUAUUUUUCAGUGGCUUUUUGCCAUCGGAAUCACGGUGAUCAACCAGAUCGACGUGGCGAGUCUUCCAUUGAUCUAUCCGAGACUUCCCUGCCAAAUCGAGUACAGUACUGGGAGAGUCGUCGGCGUGGUUGCCCUUCUCACUGUAGUCGCCAAUAUUUUCGCUUUGGUGGUCAGAUUUUCUCAUUCUUAAUCCAAAAAAAGCUGAAAAAUAUGGUCUGUUCAGAUUUUAAAUUUCAACCAGCUAACUCCGCCCCUGCCGAGACGGUACCCUUUCGCGUCGAUGUUUUAUCGCGGCGGACUAAUUUUGAUUUUUUUUUUGAUUUAAAAGAUAGAAAAAGAAGUCAAAAAUGCAGCCUUAUUAAAGGAACAUCGUCAUCUGUAGAUAAAACAUUGACGCGAAAGAUAUUGUAGCCUUGUGGGUGGAGUCAGCUGCUUGACAUUCAAAAUCUACCAUUCAAAAACAGACUAUAUGAGACUUUCGUGAUUUCGUGACACAAAAAAAUUUUUUCAAACAUGGGCCCACAAAAAAAUCCAAUUCUGAAACCGGUUGGGUUUUUGAUCUUAUAAAAAAACUGAAACAGGGGAGAUUUUUGAAAAAAAUCAUGAAUUUCAUUUUGCUAGGUCAAAUUUGAAUGAAGUUUUUCCUAUUAAACUAUUUAUAGAAGAGAUUUUUUUAAAAAAACAUCAUCUUUUUCAUCUUUUUUUCUCAAAUGAGACUAUUAAAAAAACAUAACUUUUUUUGUGAAAAAAACAAAAAACAAAAAAAUAAACAGCCUCUUCAAUUUUUUUAAAUCAAUUUUUUUCGGACAUAAUCUUCAAAAUUUCUAUAAAAAAAUCAUCCACAUGGGUAUUUUUUUGUUACUCAAAAAGUACUUUCAUAUUUUUUUACCCUUCUUCCGACUUUUUAAACAAUAAAACUACCAGUCGCGUUUGAAUAUUUCAAAAUUUCUUGAUCCCCUCAAUUUGUUUCGAAAGUUCUCAAAUUUCUAGUGAAACAAUGUAUUUUUUUAAAACCUCGCGAAGUUCAUUGGUUGAUUCCAUUAAACUCAAAAUUAUAAAAAAGCUGUUACACUUCGAAACUUUGAAAAAAUAGCCGGAAUCAUUAAUAAAAUAAUGACUUGACGUUGAUUUUUGACACUAAAAAUGUAGGACUUCUCCAAUUUUUCUGAAUGAAGAUAUACUUAAAAAUCUGUAAAAUAUUAUCAUUCAUCUGAAUUUCAGGGCCUAAUCUGGGUUUUCAAACUCAACUUCCGAAAGUACUCAAAACGCAACGCCCACGUCUUCCCUCACCUCACGGAGCGAUAUCAGGUUCGCCUAUUUCUGAUUACUUUUUCAAAAAAACUUCAUAACACACCGAAAAUAUCAAAAAUUUUGUUAAUCCUUUGGCUACAAAAUCUUUGAGAAAAAAAAAUCUUGCAUAUCAAAAAUAAGAUUUCAGGUCUCAGAAAACGUGAGAUCGACACGAAUGUUAGCUCCAAUGCUAAUCACGGUCUUCACUUUUUCAAUUAUUGGCUCUGUAUUGCUCAUUCUAACCGCCUAUUCCGUGAUGGCGUUGCGAGACCCGAACGACAGGAAAAGAGCCGAGGAAAUCGCGAAUUUCAUCGGACGAGGUUCCAAUUUACACAUUUUAUUUUAAGUAGGGGGCGCAAAGCCCCGCCCCUUCACGCCACCAAAAUGACGAUUUUUUUGUUGCAAAAACGGUUUUGAGGCGUUUAUACUAGCUAAAAUCCCACUUUAAAAAUGAACUGUUUCUGUUAAGCUGUGUAAUCGACAACGCUCUACAAGACUGAAUAUUUUUAAAACUAUGUAUUUUUUUCAAAAAAAUAAGCGAAAAAAAGUAAGAUUUAACACGAAAAAAACUGACAAGUUUCACAAAAAUCGUCGCGUUUCAGAAAAACCAAGUGAGGAACGCUUCUAAAUUUUUAGUAUGUUAUACAUUAACACUUUCUUUAUUUUUUUGAGUGAAAAUGAAAAAAAUCUACCGACGCGAAAAAAAUAUUAAAAGCUUGUAAAGUGACACCAAACUUUGAAGCUGAAAUGCGAAAAAAAUUUCAGCGACAUGGUAUACUUUUUUUAUUUGAUUUAAAAAAACUAACAGUGUGUCCAAGAAUAAAAAAAUUCAAAAAUGAAAAAUAAUUAUUGGGACAGCGAAUCAAAUUAUAUUUGAGUUUUACCAAAACCUCCUUUUUUUCGCCUGCCUCGUUGACGCAUGAGAGAAUAGGAUCGCGUCUAUAUUUUUUUGAUUAUGUUAUUAAGCGUUCAAAACUCUAUCAAUGAAAAAAUUAUGAAAAAAAUCGAUCGACGCGAAAAAAAUAACGGCUUUGAAAACCUCGAAAAAAUGGCAAUUUUUUUUGAAAUUUCGGAAGAUUUCGUGCAAGUGUCCGUAGCAGUGUUUGCGUCAAACACACCGAUGCGCCAUUUUAAAUGUUGCAGGAGCCGUUUUUCGAAGUCAAAUUGCACUUUUUCCUGUUUUAUUUCGAAAUAACAUUAUUUUUUUCAUUUUUUUCUUUUUUUCCAAAUCGAAUGAUAAUAAUUUUUUUUCUGAGUAGAAAAAAAGAAAAAAAUAAGCUGAAAAAAAUCCCUUUGACCUUUUUCUAGGUAGUUUUUUUUGAUAUUUUAUCAAAAAAAUUCUUAUGAGGAUUGUACAAAAGAUUCAUACCAAAACAUGAAGCUCAGUCCGGACAACCUCUCAGAACAGAAAACCGAUUUAAAAAAACGGUCCAGAAACGCGCAAAAAAACAUUUAAAAAGAAAGCGUGCGGCAGCGGGUAAACCGUGAGAUUUUUGCCUCCAGUUGUACGCCGCGCGCCUCGUUUUUUUGGCCAUAACUUUUUUUCUUAGUGAACCUUUUUUUCAAAAAAACUAAUCGGAUUAUGAAAAUGGACAGUCUCCUCUAUCGAACAAUGUGAAAAAAACAUAUUUUUUUGAAUCAUUCUGAAGAAAUGGCUUGCGGACCCUAUAAAGCUUGCAGCUGUAAAGUUAUAAAUGCUCUGUCUGGGGUGCGAAAAAGUUAUGACGAGAAAAACUAAAGGAUAUUUAGUCUUUGAGGGUUUAAAUGAAACAUUUUUGGAAUGUUGUUUGGUCAGAAACAUUUUUUGAGUUAUUAAAGGAGCAUGGAGGGAUUUUAUAAUGAUCUCGGGGCGAAAAUAUGCUUUCAAAAUUAUAUUCAUGAAAACUCUUUGCGUUUUUACAGAUCUUUUUUUUUCUAAAAAGAUUUUGAAAAAUGUUUUCUUGUCUAAUCUUUCAAAAAUGGAAAUUUGAUUUUCCACAUCAUUUUUCUGUUUCCAGAGUUCAAUAUAAACCGGCAAGUUAUCCAAAAGUAGUUGAUUCAUUUGGCCUCAUGUUAAAGUAAUUUCCGCGAAACAAAAAAUGAUCUCUGACUCUCUAAAAUUUAUUUAUCUUUUCCUUUCUCUGACGGUUGUUUUGGAUUUUGCGGAAUCACUUUCAACACAGCAUAAAAUAUCUUUAUUAUCAUCGGGAAGCUCAGAAUGAUGAAAAAAAAAUUGAUUAUAAAUUAGUUACGAAACGAAUUCAGGAGGCGAAAUGAUGCAAGCUCAAGACAUUAGCUGCGCCAUUUCGACUUUGGCCUUCAGCGUCGCUUUACGGUUUCACCCAACCCUAUACAAAAACUUCAAGUCUAUUUUCUGUGGAGAACCGAAAAGGGUAAGAUUUUAAUGAUCCAUUUUAUUCGGCUUGAUACUGCGGGUUUUUCCGUUUUUAUAUGCGAAGCGGUUGCGACGCGUUUUGGCGCCAAUUCAAAAACAUCGCAUCAGUCCAUUUUUACGGAAUUUAUCUUCAUUAAUCUAAUAUUUAAUGCCAAAUUAUCUUCUUUGGAAACUAUUUAAUAUCAAUAAUUGAUUUACUCAAUAGGUAUCCUGAAAAAAAAAAGUCAAAAUAUGAGAAAUUUUCCGAAUUUUCGGCAAAACAAAAAAACCCAAGUGGUCACUCUAGUGGAGUAUGAUAGUGGUUCCUGUGUCUCUGAAAAAAAAGAAAGAAAACCCCUAUAAGAGCCACUUGAGCAUUAGAUAAGGAGUCAGCCGUUAAACCCCUAUAGGGACCACCUAAAUUUUGACCCCUUAAGCGGGCACUUUUUGUUCUUAGAAGUUUAGUUAUGGAGAAGAAAUCGCUGUAGGUCUGUCUUAUAUGUCGUUUUAUUUUUCAAAUAUUAAAAAAAUACUUAAGAGGCUACUUGAGCUUUAAAAGCAUAGGAGUCAAACGCUUAACCCCCUUGGGGGCUUUCUAGCCCCUUUAGGGGCCACUCUGACGUUCCUAAAAAGCGCAUUACGGAUGAACUGCAAAAGCCACAGUUUCAAGCCGAAAAAAAGAACUAAAAAAAGAUUCAAAUCGAAUUUUUUUCAGAAACCCCAGAAUCUUCUACGACGUCUUGACGGCUCCUUGAUGCCCAUGACUUAUAAUGUGAGAUUUGAAAAAAAGGUAUAUUUUUACUGAAUUUUAUUUUUCAGCACCAGUUUGAGAAGCACUUUACCGACCUGCGGAAAAUGUGGAAGAGCUAA